UUAAACUUUAAAAUAGCUACAUCAAAAGCGUUUGGAUAGUUUGAAAACCCUAGAGACUAUUUAUAUGGUAUUAAAACUGUGUGUGCAGACUUGUCUGGAAUUGAAAAUCACAAUGGUUUUAUAAUUAAUAAAAACAUACCAUAUUAAACCCUUCAUAGACGUAGAGUUUCAGAAACACUGGUCUAAAGUGGCGAAGACCCGCCCCUUCUCUGCCUCUGAUUGCCUCUGUGCCUGAAGAGAACUCAGAUAGACCUGCGACAUGUUAGGGGCACCAGUGCGACCGAGGAAAAAGCAUAAUUGAUUUCGACAGAUUAUCGGCCGUUCUCUGAAACCGUGUGAAGUUUUAGUAGGAAGUAAGUAUUUUCUGUUUCUGUUAUAUAAUCCAUUUAGUCAUUGACUGUUUCUAAGAGAUACAAAACAUAACUGUAUUUAAUUUGAAAAACGAAACAUUCUGAAUAUAAUAAAAUAAUAAUAAAAAGUAUGACGGAUCAACACGUACCUUUAGUUAUAUGUCAUUUAAGGAAGCUUGAGAAAAAUAACUUUUUAAAUAAGGAGAAGACUAAUUUAGAGUUUUUGGAGUAUUCCUGAAGUAUGCAUGCAACGUUUUAGUCAGAAUAGCCUGUUCACCGUUUAGCAGUAAAACCUUAAUCAACAUCCAUACUUGGAAGCUGUAGUAACUUUACUGAAACAGAUUUGAGAGUAUAUAGAUACUGGACAGAAACAUAGAAAAUAAAUAAUUACACUCAUUGCCUGCAUAAAAAUAAGUUUUAUAAAAAUGAAAAUAUAAGCAAAAUAAAACAGGUUUCCUUUAUAACAUGGAAAGUAUAUGUAACAGUGCAUGUUUGGGCAAAGGCAAUGCAGGGAGCAACAAUGACAGAACUGGGGAAGACAAGCCUGGCAAGCACUUAUGCACUGGGUUCACGAGAGGAUAAAAAAGAGGCAGCUGGAGUGAGUUAACAAUGGGGCAGUAAUGAGAGGAGAGAUGCACAGAACAGGCGUGGCUCAAUAGAGCCAUGCUAGGGAGAAACAGGAGGGGCAAGGACCAUCACACCAUGACAUACGGGUGCAGAGACCAAAAGCAGACUACGAUCUGGACAGGGGAACAGACCAGGGGCCAAAAACACUCGAGAGGGACUAGUUGACUAGAUAUGACACAAUUGUGGCCGGGAAGUGAGCAGAGGCGGGGCUAGGGAUAAAAAGCUGACCGGGACGGACAAACAGGACAGGACAGACCAGGAGAUGGACCACCAAGACAGGGACAGAGACGUGACCAUGGGACACAGGGGAGACAUGGCAGGGAAAACACAGGGCAGGGCAAGGGAACCAGGAAAGGGGCAUCACAUGGUUCAACCAAAACGGGAUAGGAGGAGGACAACCGGGCAAAAACAGGGAAGGCAUAAAAGGGAACUGGGCCCUGUAGGGGGAUUGUUUGGGCUCCGAGAAGUGGGACUUUGACCGAGGGCCACAGGGCAUCCUAGGCUUUGGAGGGAUUUUGGGGGGGAGCCUCGGAGACAUCAGGCGGCUUUGACAGAAAGACCAUACCGAGGACAGGACUAGCACCCAGGGAAGUUCUGGGGACCACUCUGAGGAGGAGCCUUAGGGACCCACUGGAGCGGAGGGACCUGCAGGAAAGGGACAGGAGCAGGACCCAGGGAGCCCAGGGCCAGAGCAGGAGGCACCACUGGAACCACCAGGCUGGGACUCAAGGGUGGAGAGAAGCCUGCAGGAUGAGAUGAGAGAGGAGCUGGGUCGGGGACAAGAGCCCCCUUCUCUCCUCAGGAGACCAAGACCCAGCCUGCCCCCUUCUUGGGCCCCCGCUGACACUGCGGACCUCCCUGGAACCUGAGACAGGAGUGGCCGAGUCCUUGAUAGGGGUAGGAGCCCCUGGAGUGGGACUCAGGGCAAAUCCCAGAGGGUCCCACUCUAAGGGCUGUGAUAUACUUCAGGCGAGGUGACGCAUACACAAUGUAUGACUGUACUUGAACAUGUAGUUUACAUCUAUCUGGAGCAUUAAAGGUCAUGUCCACCAGGGGGCAGUGUGAGAAAACCAUGUUGGCCGGCUCCUUCAUUUCCGGUCUCAAUUGUUUUGUGUGAGGUUGUGACAUGAAAUUAUACACUCAUUGCCUCUACACCGAUUAAAUUGCUAAUUCUGUAAUACUGCUGCAGGAUUCUCUGUAUUCUAACUACUGCUCCUCAUCGUACUGGUACUUUGCUCUGCCACAUAUCACUUUACUACCCCCAUGCUGAAUGUUGUAAUGUACGUUGUUAGAUGUCUAGUAGUACUUAGUAUUUUGUAAUUAGGCUGCACAAUACUGGAAAAAUCAAUUUCUGCAAUAAGUAUUGCAGUAUUUAUAAAGAAAAAAAUUGUUCAAGAUAAAUCAAUUUUCCACAAACACAAGUGAGGAGUGAUUUAAGCAGCAAGGAUGAUAAUGAUUUGGAAUGGCUUGAAGAGCGCAUGCAGAGCUUGCUAAGUUUUGUUUCCUAUCACAAUAUAAUUGUUCUAGCGAAAUGUAAACCCCACGCUUUCUGCAAAUUUUAUAAGAUUUAUGAAUACCGGAACUGUAUGGACAAACGUAUUGAAAAAAACUGCAUUGAAAAACGUUGCUUAUGAAAGUAGGCAAGUCAGAAUUUCAUGAUACCGCUUUCUUAGAAACUUAAACUGCCAUUAAAUUUUGAAGACACUGUACACAGUGGGACAAAAGAGUGCUCGCAAUAUUUUCUCACUUUCCUCUGACAAUAUACAGUUCUGGGGUGUCUGGAAGGAGCAGCGGGGCUUCCACCCGCUUCUUGGCGUCGAGCAGGUAGCUCUCCACCGACGCCCAUCCUCAAGCUGCUCAAGGCCACCCUCUAGCUUCGGAUCCCUCCUGCCACGCUGAUUUCAGCGCUGGUCCUGACACCAGUUCCAGAGAGCCAACCAGGUAGGAGUGGGAGACUUUAUCUGGAGCACCACUGGAGGCUCUGUCCUGGGUGGGAGGUGGAGCGCAGCUGCAGGGUUUGACGGAAGUGGCACAGGCAGGUCUUCCUUGCCGCCGUAGGAGGACCAAUAAGGCAUCAACACUGGUGGGGCACCCUGUGGGCCGAUGGCCUUCUUAGGAUUCUCCUCUCCAGGCUCCUCCAGGUCACUGUCGCUAAGGGGGUAAAUGAGAAGGUUACCCACAAACCACCUGGGUGUGUAUAUUAGAGGAUUGGGCGGAGACUGGAGGCAGGCAACCGGGGAGAGCAAGCAAGCCAAAGAGUUUGGCUGGGCUCUUGUAGGAGGCUGCUGGGCAACUUGUGGGGUUUGGUCAUUCUGUCACGUACGAAGCAGGAUGGAAGACGCAGGAAAAGGAGUAAGAACAAACAAAGGGGCUUCAUUAAUCCAGUGAAACCAGGGCCAGAAAACAAAAGGGUCUCUGGGGGUUAAAACUAAUGGUGGAAAGUGAAAGGAAAGCAGUUUAGGCAAAGGCACAGCAGGGGGGCAACAUCAAUGACAGAACUGGGGAAGCUGGAGUGAGUUAACAAUGGAGCAGCAAGGAGAAGAGAGACAAACACAGACAGGCGUGGCUUGCUAGAGCCAUGCUAGGGAGAAACAGGAGGGCAGGUAAGCAGGGUUUUUACAGUUUACAGUUUUUGGAGUAUUCCUAAAGUAUGCCCGCAACAUUUUAGUCAGAAUUGCCUGUUUACCAUUUACCAGUAAAACCUUAAUCAACAUCCAUACACGGAAGUUGCAGUAACUGAAUACAGACUUGAGAUCAUAUAGAUACUGGACAGAAACAUAGAAAAGAAAUAAUUACACACAUUUCCUGCACAAAAAUAAGUUUACGAAAAUGGUAUUUCUUAGCUCAUUUUACUAAUUCCUGAACAUGUUUACAUGUUUCUGCAAAGUUAGCAGCACAAACAAAAGAUGCGUGCUGAGCAGUAUGACGUAGUACUGUAUAUUCUGUAUGUGUUAACUUGUUUAUGUGUAAUUCAUACUGAAAUAUUAAGCUGUAAAGUUAAAAGGUGAAUUUAAUUGAACUCAGUUCCAUUUUAAUUGUACUUCAAAUUUUAAUUUCAGUUCUGCAUCCUGUCUUCAAGCACGAUUUAACUUCAAUUCAAUCUGAUUCUCGUCCAAUCUGAAUAAUGCACAAUCCUGCCGCUGCACCCAAGCUGAGAGCGUCAUGACUGCGGCUGAGAGAUUUAUUUUCAUUGGCUGCCUGCUGCAAGGUGGUCUGUGCAGUACCUGGUCAGUCCAGAUGCCUCAGUCUAUACAAGCCCUGAAUGGAUCCUGUGUGCUGAUUCCCUGCACAUUCCAGAUCCCAUCUGCAAAAAAUCAACAUCUAAUAAACCCAGCUGGAAUAUGGUGGACAAAGAGAGGGUCGUCUGAUAAAAAACAAUUGGAAAAUAGAGAUAUAAUUGGAAAAUUAUCUGAGAAGAACUGCACCACAGUCCUGAACAGGAUUAGUAAGACAUGGACUGGUGAUUAUUCAUUUAGGAUUGAAGGCAAUAACCACAUCAAGAAUAAUUUUAAAGAGAAAGUGAAAAUUAAUGUAGAAGACUCUCCCCCCAGCCCCCAGGUCACCAUAAACAAGGACAUGGUGAGGGAGGGGGACUCUGCGACUCUGAGGGAGGGGGACUCUGUGACUCUGAGGGAGGGGGACUCUGUGACUCUGACCUGCUCGGCUCCAGCUCCCUGUCCAUCACUCCCCCCGACUCUGUCAUGGACCCCCAGGCUGAGUGACAGUGUCACUGUAUUUCAGGAGAAUGAUGAUCACACUAAACAUGCAUCUUCUGUUAUGACCUUUACUGCCUCACAUCUCCUCCAUAAACAGGAAGUCAAAUGUACAGCAGUUUACAGGCUCCAAACAGUCAAGAGUGAGAGGACAUCCCACACAAAUGUAACUCUAAAGGUUCAGUACUCCCCCAAAAACACUUUGGUCUUAAUUGGAAAAGAUGGGAGUCUAACCUGCAGCAGUGAUGCCAACCCAGCAGUGAACAAUUACACUUGGUAUAAAGUGAGUGGGGGUGAAAUCAAAGUUGUUUCAUACACACAGAGCCUCACCUCUAAUAUCACUGAGGUCAGUGGACAGUAUUACUGUCAGGCUCAGAAUGAACACGGCCUACAGAAUUCAAGCACUGUGCAGCUCCACUGUGAUCCAGUCAAGGCUCCACCCACUUGGAUGGCCGCUGCUGCAGGGGCGGCUGGGAUGAUGCUGACGUGCAUCUUAAUGCAGAUUCUUCUCAAAAAAUGCUGCCCCAGGGAGAAUCACAGCAGUAAGAUACGAGUCACUGAAGAAUUAACACCGAUAAAUUUGACUUCUGAGAGUGGGUUUGAGUCUGGUAAGAGGAACAUCUGCCAUCAGCUGUGCACCAAAGGUCGAGACAAGAGGUCUGCUACAAUGAAAGCUACUGUUGUGGGACAACAAGACUGUCAUACCAUUUUCACUGAACUCUGAAGAAAUGGGAACCAAUGAGAGCGAGUUUGCAGUGGUGAGAAAGGUCCGUAGCCUUCAGCCAGCAGAAUGUCCAUCCCCGAACGACUAAGGCACAAGUGUAGCUAGAAUGAAUUGUAAUUCUUACUGUAUGUUUUCUGAAGAAUAAUAUUGUAAUGGGGGAAAAAGCUAUUGUGGCUUUCAAAGAAAUUUGCCCAAUUUACACAAUAUAUUGUUACUUUUCUGAUGGUUUAUUUGUAUGGUGCCUCUGAGGUAAGGGAGCUGUGCUGGCAAUUAGAAGGUUGUUGGUUUGAAUCCCGUAAAUGCCAGGAGUUAUUCUGCUGUGAGCAAGGCCUGCUUUUUAUUUAUCCUAGGCAUGACAUUAACUGACAUCCAGCUCUACAAUGUCCUCCAAAGCAAUAAUGUACUCCCAAGUCAUGCAGCUGUACUCCAAUAUAUCAUGGCUGUGAUUGUCUUCAGCAUAUUAUCAUGGCUUUUGUUUAAUCGAUAAGUAACCUGCUUAGAAAUCACAUUUUAAAAUUUAACAGGCACCUAAUUCCUUUUUUCUGAUAUAUAUGUUUGAAAUAUAUAUAACAGCAGACUUCUGAGAGUGGGUUUGAGUCUGGUAAGAGGAGGACAAUCUGGCAACCUGGGAGUAGAGAUGUGACUGGAUGUGGCUUCAGAAGUCAGGAUUCAGCCUCGUGCCUACGACCAAAUCACAGCUAUGAAUACAACCGCACUCCAUCUCGUAUGUUAUUGCUUAAAUAGGAUAGGAUUAAGAUAUGAUAGGUUAAGAUAAGCUUAAUAUAAGAUUGUAUAACAUAGAAAAAGGUAAGAUUAAGAUUGUAUAGGAUAAGAUAAGACAGUUUAAAAUAAAUUCUAUCUUAUUUGUCCAGAGGGGAAUUGUUGAGAUGACAGGCUUGUCUCUUUUUAUUCUUGUUUCGUCUGUUAAAUAUAAAUUACUUUGCAUUCAGAUUUUAUCUGUGUGUUUAUGUAAAACUUUGGGAACUUUGACACAAUAUCUGAUGAGUUAAAUUAAUAAAAUGAUGAUUAGUUAAA